GCACGGAUAACAUCGGCAGUCGCUGUGAACCCAGCAGGACGAUACAGUCUUGCACCCAGAGAGAGAGAAUCCUUGAACUUGACUUCGGUGUCACACAGAGAGAGUUUAGAAUAUUAUGUGCAUGUUUGGAGCCCACGCUUUAUCAUCAGAACCAGAUAUGUCCGGGGCUAUGAAGAUGGAAACCGGAACCCUACCCCCUGCCUAUCCCUCCCAGGCCGGAUACGGUUUAACCGGAAGUAUGAUGCAAAAUGUUGCUCCAGUACCAAUGCCUAUGCAGCAUAUGGGAGCCUACCCUUUCUCCUCCUACUCCUCCAUGUUCUCAUCAAGUAUCCCACAUGAUCCGUCCUUACUCUUUCCAGAAAUGACCAAUCCCGGAUACAAUUACUCCAACAACAUGUACAGCUCGUACAUGAACGGCAUGGGGUCCUCAUUUUUCCGGUACAUGCGUCAACCUAUGCGUCAGGAGAUGACCUGUGAAUGGAUGGACCAGGAGACUAAGAAAGUUUGCAGGAAAGUGUUCCAAGGAAUGCACGAGAUUGUGACGCAUCUUACCAUUGAUCACGUUGGGGGCCCGGAGAUCACUGAUCAUACUUGCUACUGGCAGGAGUGCUCCAGGGAGCAGAAACCAUUUAAAGCCAAGUACAAACUUGUAAACCAUCUCAGAGUUCACACGGGAGAGAAACCCUUUCCCUGUCCUUUCCCUGGAUGCGGGAAAAUAUUCGCCAGAUCUGAGAACUUGAAGAUACACAAGAGAAUUCAUACUGGCGAGAAACCGUUUGAGUGUGAGAUUGAAGGUUGUGACAGAAGAUUUGCCAACUCCAGUGAUAGAAAAAAACAUAUGCAUGUUCAUACCACGGAUAAACCCUACUAUUGUAAUAUCCGGGGAUGUGAUAAAACCUACACCCAUCCGUCCUCUCUCCGUAAGCAUCUAAAGAUACAUGGUAAAGAUGCUCUGGUUGGAUAUGAUAGCGAUGAUUCUGGAGCUACUUCUCCUUCUCUUCAUUCAACCUCACUCUCAUCUCCUCAUAUGAACCCUCCCUCUAUUCCAUCUCCUCAUAUAAACCCAGUUUCCCAACCCUCUCCUCACAUGAGCCAACCUUCUCCGCGCUCUUUGAACUCCCUCCCGGAGUAUAAACCUCCUGCCCAGCUCUCGGAGCUAUCAGAGUACAAAUCCAACCUGAGUGAGUACAAACCUCAACUCUCCAACUGGUACACGCCCUCUUCCCUUCAUAUUCCCGCCCACAUGAACCACGCCCCCUCCCUUCUCUCCUCCUCCUUCCCUCACCACCACUCCGGAUAUCCAAUCUCAACCUCACAUCAAAUGUUUUAAACAACUGCAGUUUUUCAUUCAGAUAAAAAACCUUAUCUUGCUCCGCAACCCGAACCUUCCAGCUUUAGAUGCAUUCCUGAGCUUGAGAGCAAACCUGAACCCAAACCUUGAUCUUCCUUAUGUAACAUUAUUUUACUUAAUAUAUAACUAUGUAAAUCGUCAAAAUACUCAGUUUUUAAAACAGUGCAAAUAAAUAAAUAUAG